AUGGGUUUGCCUCCCUCCCUCUCAAGGUCAUGGGUUUGCCUCCCUCCCUCCCUCCCUCCCAAGGUCAUGGGUUUGCCUCCCUCCCUCCCAAGGUCAUGGGUUUGCCUCCCUCCCUCCCUCCCUCUCAAGGUCAUGGGUUUGCCUCCCUCCCUCCCUCUCAAGGUCAUGGGUUUGCCUCCCUCCCUCCCUCCCAAGGUCAUGGGUUUGCCUCCCUCCCUCCCUCCCUCUCAAGGUCAUGGGUUUGCCUCCCUCCCUCCCUCUCAAGGUCAUGGGUUUGCCUCCCUCCCUCCCUCCCUCUCAAGGUCAUGGGUUUGCCUCCCUCCCUCCCUCCCUCUCAAGAUCAUGGGUUUGCCUCCCUCCCUCCCUCCCAAGGUCAUGGGUUUGCCUCCCUCCCUCCCUCCCUCUCAAGGUCAUGGGUUUGCCUCCCUCCCUCCCUCCCAAGGUCAUGGGUUUGCCUCCCUCCUAUAUAUUUAG